CCCACUAUGGCCACUCAAACCCCAAUGGAGGUCUUGCAGAAAGAACAUGAACGCCUUCUAAAGAGGCUCAAAGGUGCUCAGAGUCUCAAGCAUGUCCAAUCCACAAUUGAUUUACUGCAGUCAGCACGGGACACGAUUGCUGCCGAUCCCGGUCAGACAGUGAUCUCCAUGGCUAAACUGCAGAACCCCAUCAAGUCCUCCUUCGACUCAAUGAAUGAUAAUCUCAAAGAGGUUCACAGUGGCUUGAAUAAAUACACCAAAGCACUUGAUAAGGUUUUCAAAGACCGACCUCUUCCCAGUACCAACGACCACGACGCACUCUCCGAGCAAGACACUUUGAUCAACCGUGCUAUUGGGAUGCAUCUCCUUCGUGAAGGACAAUUCUCUGUUGCGGCUAGCUUCCUCUCCGAGAUUUCUGAGCGAAAGGCCCUGCAAGUCGACCCCGAGACAUCCACCACCGAACCCAUGGCUUCCUCUCCUGACAGCGCCAACAACCUUCUCGAUGAAGUCCCCUCCUCCCAGAUUCGCAAGGAAUUUGCCUCCAUGUAUUACAUCUUGCACGAGAUGAAGGAGAACAACAACCUACUUCCUGCCAUUGAAUGGUCACGAGAGAAUCGCGAAGCGCUGGAAGCCCGCGGUAGCAACCUGGAGUUCGAGCUCUGCCGUCUGCAGUUUGUGUGGGUUUUCCAUGGAAAGUCGCAUGAUCAAAGUAUUCGCAACCGAGAAGACGCCAUUGCCUAUGCCCGACGAGAGUUUCAGGGUUUCGUGCCCCGCUAUCUGAGAGAGGUCCAGCAACUGAUCGGAGCUAUGGCAUUCUGCCCCAACCUACGAGGAUCCCCAUAUGCGUCCAUCUUCAACAACAUCUCUGCCUGGGACGACGUGGCUCAGUUCUUUACUCGCGAGUUCUGUUCCUUGCUGGGCUUGUCGGCUGACUCCCCGCUCUAUGUGGCUACAACGGCCGGUGCUAUUGCGCUUCCCACUCUAUUGAAGCUGCAGACCAUCAUGAAAGCUAAGCGUACUGAGUGGACUAGUGAGAAUGAGCUCCCAGUUGAAAUCUCUCUGCCGCCCUCAUACCUGUUCCACUCGAUCUUUGUGUGCCCCGUCUCGAAGGAACAGGCGACCGAUGAGAACCCGCCCAUGAUGAUGCCAUGUGGACAUGUUAUCGCAGAGGAGUCACUCCGUCGACUUAGUAAGGGCAAUCGUUUCAAGUGUCCAUACUGCCCCAGUGAAAGUCACCCGAGAGAUGCUCGCAAGAUUUUUCUGUAA